AAUCACGUUGCUCAAAAAACUCGAUACUCUCGAACCGACGCCCCUCCGCCGCCCCAACAGCAACAGCAGCAGCAACAGCAACAGCAGCAGCAACUGGCAGCAGAGCUGGCUAUUAGACGCCUUUAGACGCUCGCAUAAUGCUAAUGGCGUUGACAGUGCUCAUCAUCAACGCGACGACCGCAAUCGACGGACGUGUCCGUCAAUUGUUAAGCGAAGUGCGACGGCAACGCUUCAGCAGCAACAGCAGCAGCAGCGCCAUCGAAUACGCGCUCCAGUUUAUCAAUGUCCACAACGGAUGCCAAUCGCUGAUGCAUUCAACUUGACUCUUACUUCAAUUAUUUAUGUGCUUCCGUGAGUGCUUCUGCUUUCUUCUUGUGUUUGUGUCUGUGACUGUGACUGUGUGUGUGAUAAUCAAUCCCACUGACUGCACCCAUCAUCGACUAUUGUCCCUGUUGUGCGGUAUUUUCAAUUAGCCGACUCUUGACUUGUUUGCCAAAUGGUCACGUGCGGCCGUCAAACGUUCAACAUGCUGCCGAUGGCGCCGAUGAAUCCUUUUGUGGUGUCCGUCAGCUCCACAACAGCGUCCAGCGCCCCAGCAACGUCAGCGGCAACCAAUUCCUCCGGCAGCAGUAAGCCAAAGCUGGCCUUCAGCAUUGACUCGAUUGUCGGCGCCGAGUCCAGCCAGCCUGCGAAGCCACCGCCGCCGCCGCCACCUCCUCCGACGCAACGUGUCAGCGUCAUUGCAUCGCCAGCGCGUGGCGAGAGUCCGGUACAGCUGGCUGCACCCACAUCACCCACUAGCGAGCGGCGAACGCCGCGUGGCUUCAUCUAUUGCAGGCGACGCGUCUCCCUGGAUGAUCGUUCACGCAGUCCACCGCCGUCGGCUAGCCGUUCCCCAUCGCCAACGCCAUCCGGCGCUGGUCCAGUGGCGCCUUGUGCACCCAUUGCGCUGCCCGGACUUAUACGGCCGCUACCAUUACCGGCACCACAGAAUCUAGCUUUACUUGGGGCUUCAGCACGCAGCGCGGACAGCGUCUCACCCACUGGUACGGGGCCGGGCAAUCCGUCGCCAAUGCGACCCACAGCAGCGGCGCCUCCGCCAUUCCUCGCCGCACAGUUUCAAAUGGCCGCCGCUUUGGCGCACCAUCAUCAUCAGCAGCAGCAACAGCAGCAACAGCAACAACAACAGCAGCAACAGCAGCAGCAACAACAUCCUCAGCAUCCGCCCGUGCCAACGGGGCCACAUCAUGGUCCGCCGCCGUUGCCGCAUCUUGUGCCCGGACAUCCACUGGCCAUUUUUCCGGGCGGCCCCCAUCCGGGACAUCCUCCGCCCCAUGGGCAUCAUCCAUUUGUGACUGCACCCCAUCUAAUUCGUGAUAGCUAUACGCUGUAUCCCUGGCUACUCAGUCGUCACGGACGCAUAUUUCCACGUUUUCCAGGCAAUUUCCUGCUGCAACCGUUCCGCAAGCCGAAGCGGGUGCGAACCGCCUUCUCGCCGACGCAAUUGCUUAAGCUGGAGCACGCCUUUGAGGGCAAUCAUUAUGUGGUGGGCGCGGAGCGCAAGCAGCUGGCGCAAGGACUUAGCCUGACGGAGACACAGGUCAAAGUCUGGUUCCAGAACCGGCGCACCAAGCACAAGCGCAUGCAACAAGAGGGCGGCGACAGCAGCGAUACGAAGAGCAAUAAGGGCAGCUCCUCCGGCGGCGGGGGUGGUGCAGGCAGUGGCGAUGGUGACGACGAUGCCAAGCACGAGGGCUCCCAGCACAGCUCCACGGAUGUGGAAGACGACGAGGACAUCGAGGAGGAUGACGAGGAUGAAGUGAUCGACAUGGAUGACUAUGGCAGCGAUCUGGAUGUCGAGGAGCAUCAGCGUCUGCGUGAGCAGUUCCAACAGCAACUGGUCCAGCAUCAGCAACAGUUGCUUCAGCAGCAGGGCGAGGCGGCUGCGCUGACACCACAACAGCAGCAACAGUUGCUGCAACACCAUCAGCAACACCUGCAGCAGCAGCAACAACAGCAGCAGCAACACUUUAUGCAGCAGCAACAAAUGUAUCUGCUGGAAAAGGAGCGGGAGCGGCAGAGGGACCGAGAGCGGGAGCGGGAACGAGAAAAGCAGUAAUAGCCAUCGAUUGAAUUGACCCAAAAGUGUCAGCGAUUUUGUGUUCCUUUCUUUUGUAAAUUACUUAAUUUAAAGUGUAUAAAUUAAU